AUGGGGAACCACUUGACUGAAAUGGCCCCCACAGCCUCAUCCUUCCUGCCGCACUUCCAGAUCCUGCAUGUUGUGGUCAUUGGGUUGGAUUCCGCUGGGAAGACGUCCCUUCUUUACCGCCUCAAGUUCAAGGAGUUUGUCCAGAACGUCCCCAUCAAUGGCUUCAACACCAAGAAGAUCUUCGUGCCCCUAGGGGCUUCCCAUGGAAUCACUUUCCAAGUGUGGGAUGUCGGGGGUCAGGAGAAGCUUCGGCCACUGUGGCACUCCUACACCCACCGGACAGAUGGACUGUUGUUUGUCGUGGACUCUGCAGAGACCGAGAGGUUAGAGGAAGCUAGAAUGGAGCUACACCGGAUCAGCAAGGCUUCCGACAACCAGGGGGUGCCAGUGCUGGUGCUGGCCAACAAGCAGGACCAGCCGGGGGCGCUGAGCGCAGCAGAGGUGAAGAGGCUGGCCGUCUGGGAGCUGGCAGCUGCCAUGCUCACCCAUGUGCAGGGCUGCAGGGCUGUGGAUGGGCUGGGCUUCAGUCAGGACUGGAGCAUUUGUAUGAGAUGA